AUGCCUCUCCUACAGGCGGCCGUCCUUCUCGUCGGAGUCCUCCUCUCCCUGCGCACGCCGCCGUGCUCCGCCGCCACGGACACGGUGUCACCGGGCAACGGGCUCGCCGGCGGCGGCCGGCUCGUCUCCAGCAACAGCAAGUUCGCGCUGGGCUUCUUCAAGAUGGACAGCGAGUCCCUGUCCUCCCACUACAGCAGCCCCAACACCUACCUCGGCAUCUGGUUCAACAAGGUCCCCAAGCUGACCCCGCUUUGGAGCGCCAACGGCGAGAGCCCGGUCGUCGACCCCACCCCGCCGGAGCUCGCCAUCUCCGGCGACGGGAACCUGGCCAUCCUCGACCGGGCCACCGGGUCCGUCGUCUGGUCCACCCGUGCCAGCACCACGACCAACGACACCGUCGCCGUGCUCCUCGACGACGGCAACCUCGUCCUGCGGAGCGCCUCCAACUCGUCCGACGUCUUCUGGCAGAGCUUCGACCACCCCACGGACACCUUCUUCCCCGGCGCCAAGAUCGGCUGGGACAAGGUCACCGGCCUCAACCGCCGCCUCGUCUCGAGGAAGAAUCUACUCGACCAGGCUCCCGGCCUCUACACCCUGGGCCUAGACCCCAGCGGCGUCGGCCACCUCGCGUGGAACUCGACCGUGGAGAUCCAGUCCACCGGGGAAUGGAACGGCCACUACUUCAGCCUGGCGCCGGAGAUGAUCGGCGUCGCCAUGCCAAGUUUCAAGUUCGUGAACAACGACCGGGAGGUGUACAUCACCUACACGCUGCGCGACGAGGCGGCGGUCGUGCUCACCAAGCUGGACGUCUUCGGCCAGGGCCUGGUGGGGAUGUGGAUGGACGACCGGCAGGACUGGCUGAUCCACUACCGGCAGCCUCUGCACCCGUGCGACGUGUACGCGGUGUGCGGACCCUUCACGGUCUGCGACGACGGCGACGCGGAGGCGGAGCCGAUCUGCGGCUGCAUGGAGGGCUUCUCCGUGAGCUCGCCCACGGACUGGGAGUUCCGGGACCGGAGGGACGGGUGCGUCAGGAACACUCCACUGGACUGUGGAACUAGCAGCAGCGACAGGAUCAGCAAGCAGCAGACGACGGACAAGUUCUACGCCGUGCACCGCGUCGGGUUGCCCCAUGGCGCAGUGAAAGUGCAGGCUGCUACGAGUGGAGAUGGCUGCUCACAGGUCUGCCUGGCCAACUGCUCUUGCGCCGCGUAUUCCUACGGGGAAGGAGGCUGCUCCGUCUGGCAUGGCAAGCUGUACAGCGUCACGCAGCAGCAGCAGCAACCUGAUGCUGCUGCUGCUGCUGCUGCUUCUUCUUCUUCUUCCGGUGGAAACGGGGAUGUGCUUUACAUCCGCCUCGCUGCAAAAGAUGUGCCGGAUGUCGGGAGGAGGAAGAAGAAGAGUGGAUUAUCCAGCAUCGGUGUUACCAUUGGUGCAAGCACUGCCGCCUUCUUGGGCCUCCUAAUCCUCGGCCUGAUGAUCUGGAAGACAAAAGGGAAGACACCUGACAAUGAUCAGGGCGGCAUUGGGAUCAUCGCAUUCCGACACGCCGAUCUGCAACACGCGACUAAAAACUUCUCGGAGAAGUUAGGGGGAGGCGGUUUCGGCUCCGUGUUCAAGGGGCACCUGAGUGGCUCGUUCGCCGUGGCGGUGAAGAGGCUCGACGGCGCCCGUCAGGGAGAGAAGCAGUUCAGAGCAGAGGUGAGCUCGGUUGGGGUCAUCCAGCACAUCAAUCUAGUCAAGCUGGUCGGGUUCUGCUGCGAGGGCGACAAGAGGCUGCUCGUGUAUGAGUACAUGUCAAGCCACUCCCUUGACGUGCACUUGUUCAACGCUAAUGGCAGAGUUUUGGAUUGGAGUCUCAGGUACCAGAUUGCCAUUGGGGUUGCCAGAGGCCUAGCCUACUUGCACACCGGUUGCCGGGAUUGCAUCAUACACUGCGACAUCAAGCCGGAGAACAUACUUCUCGACGCGUCUUUUGUACCUAAGAUUGCGGAUUUUGGGAUGGCGAAAGUUUUGGGGAGAGAAUUUAGCCAUGCGGUCACGACGAUGAGAGGAACUAUUGGGUAUCUUGCACCGGAAUGGAUUAGCGGAGCCGCGGUUACAUCUAAGGUAGAUGUUUACAGCUACGGGAUGGUCCUGUUUGAGAUCAUAUCCGGGAGGAGGAACUCGAGCCAAGAGUACACCAAGGAUGGCGACUAUUCGAGCUUUUUCCCUUUGCGAGCUGCGCGCAAGCUUCUGAGCGGAGAGGUUGGAAGCCUGGUGGAUGCGAAUUUGCGUGGCGAUGCGAAUCUUGAGGAGGUUGAGAGAGUUUGCAAGGUUGCGUGCUGGUGCAUUCAGGAUAGCGAGUUCGAUCGGCCGACCAUGACUGAGGUGGUGAAGUUUCUUGAGGGCCUUUCUGAGCUCGACAUGCCUCCGGUGCCAAGACUACUCAGUGCUAUCACAUUAGGGGCACCAGCAUCAGCGGUUCACUAUUACAUCUAGUUGCACCUCAAACUUGUAUCUACCUAGGAGAAAUUUUAGCAAUGAGGACAAUGUAAUUUAUAUCCUGUAUAUAUGAACUUAUUGGCAUCUCUGUAACAUGCUAGCGUAGAUCUCUAUGCAACCUAGAAGACAUGUUGUCUUACAAAAUAAAAUUUUAUGGGCUUGUAAUUUUAAUU